GGCUUCUUCCGACACACUUGCGCUCACAUUUCCACACUGACACGACUAUAAAAACUCCGCUUAAUCAUCUUUCUUUGUCCUAAAACAAUGGCGGACAAUCGUAGAAGAAGAAUGAUAAGCCUAAUCGUUUCCUUUCUUUUCUCAGUGUCUUUGUCAUGUCUCUGUCUUGCUCCGAUUCCGGCAUCAGCUCAUCUCAAGUUCGGUGUGAACGGCAAGUUCAAGAUACUACAGGUGGCGGAUAUGCAUUUCGCAACCGGUGCCACAACCCGUUGUGAAGACGUUCUUCCUAGCCAGACAGCUCACUGCUCUGACCUCAACACCACCGCCUUCAUGUCCCGAGUCAUCGCCGCCGAGAAGCCUGAUCUCAUCGUCUUCACCGGUGAUAACAUAUUUGGGGCUGAUGCUAUAGACGCUAAGAAAUCCCUAAACGCUGCGUUUGCUCCGGCGAUUGCGUCUAAAAUCCCCUGGGUUGCUGUUUUGGGAAACCAUGAUCAAGAAUCUACAUUAACAAGACAAGGACUCAUGAAUCACAUUGUGAAGCUUCCAAACACUCUUUCUCAAGUGAAUCCUCCUGAAGCUGCUCAUUACAUUGAUGGGUUUGGUAAUUACAAUCUCCAAGUCCAUGGAGCUGCUGAUUCCAGCCUACAGAACAAAUCUGUUCUUAACCUCUAUUUACUUGAUAGUGGAGAUUACUCUAAAGUCGAUUCCCUAAACAGUAAAUAUGAUUGGAUCAAAACUUCUCAGCAGUUUUGGUUCGACCGCACUUCAAAACGUCUCCAGAAAGAGUACAACGCAAAGCCUAAUCCUCAAGUAGGUUCAGCUCCAGGACUAGCUUUCUUCCAUAUUCCAUUACCGGAGUUUUGGAGUUUCGACUCAACGAACACUACGAAAGGAGUGAGACAAGAACCCAUAUCCUCGGCAACUACAAACUCUGGUUUCUUCACGACAUUGGUGACUAGAGGAGAUGUGAAAUCUGUGUUUGUGGGUCACGACCAUGUCAACGACUUCUGCGGUGAACUGAAAGGCUUGAAUCUAUGCUAUGGUGGUGGAUUUGGGUAUCAUGCUUAUGGCAAAGCUGGAUGGGAGAGAAGAGCAAGAGUUGUGGUUGUUGAUUUGAAUAAGAAGAGCAACGGAAGCUGGGGAGAUGUGAAGUCGAUUAGGACAUGGAAGAGGCUUGAUGAUGAACAUCUCUCUGUUAUUGAUACUCAGCUUCUUUGGAACAGUUCUGCAAAGGGAUUAGUUGUUCCUCGUCUAUGAUUUCAUCAUUUCAUGUUGUUUUCUUUGAUCUAUCAACUAAAUGUUCUGUUUUUGGUUUUGAAACGGAUUAACCAAAUAAAACUGUUUAUCAUUGAGUUAAUUACAGUUCCGUUUGAUGUGA